AAAAUCUAAAUAAUUUUAAGUCCCAAAAUCAAAAUGAAGAUUGUUUAAAAUUGAAAAUGCUGAUUAGCCGCUAGGUUUUGCAACCCCAAACGUGAUGUAUACUAUCAACUGAGUUCUGAGACACAUGCCGCAAAAUAAAGUGACUUUAAAGCCAGCUCACUUUGUUUUUAAUACACCCAACUGAAAUGUGCUGUCUACACAGAGAGCUCAGUCUGAUUUGAGACGGCGCCGCUGUGUAUAGGGUCAUCGUGUGCCGUGAGCUCAUGCAGUUCACGCGGUGAUCUGUUCCAUCCACAUCCUGCGCACUACAAGCCUUCCUCUCUCUCUCUUCCUCCAUCAUCAUCGCAACAGAUGAUUAAACACCCUCCUCUGUGUUAGUUUGGUGUUGUAAUGUUCUACGUGCGCAGUCAGGACUAUGUUUAGUAGGCGUUGAUGCAAUAAAGACCCUCUCACUGACGGAAUUACGAGGACAUCGGAAGGGCGUUUAAUACAUUAAAUCCCACUUGUUAUUAUUAUUUUUUUGAGUCGAUUUGGUUUUCUCGGAGCGCUCCUUGUGAACCGAACCGGCGGAGUUACAAUCUUUUGAGACGCCCGCAUACAAAGCGACAUUUCUGGGCAUGAUGUCCACAUGCCUCCGCGUCCUGGAGCGCAUCCUGUUGUGUUGAGGAUAGACAUCUGCAAUGAAGGAGUUUAUCCAAACAAACAUGCUGACCAAACACUCGGAUCUUAUUUCCGUCCCAUCAUCUCGGAUUUAAACAUUAGCAGCUCUUUUAAUCGUGAUGCGAUCGAACCGUUGUCGAUUUCCGUAAAACAUGGAGCUAAGAAAAUGGUUCCUUGGUUACAGUUGCACGCUUUUCUUUGACUGGGUUGUGUAAUGUUUCCCCCAUCAGCUCAAGAGAUGUUUCUACAAGUUCCAGCUCUCUCGUUAGUUCCUUGUGGAGGUUUGCGUUGCUAAUUCACUCGUGUUGUUUGGAAGUUUGUUUUAUUGCUAGUUGGAACAUGCAUCUUGGGGUCGAGGAGCCCAUCCGGGAGUGCCAGUACAAUCAGAUCUGCACGCACAACUCCUCGCCCAUGGACACUCCGCACAUCAAGAAGAAGAAGAACAAACGGAAAUGGCAGGUUUUCCCUGGCCGAAAUAGGUUUUACUGCAACGGCCGAAUCAUGAUGGCGAAGCAAACUGGGGUCUUCUACCUUACCAUGGUUCUUAUCUUGGUGACCAGUGGCCUCUUCUUUGCUUUUGAUUGCCCAUUCCUGGCAUCAAACCUGACUCCCGCCAUUCCGGCCAUCGGAGGAGUGUUGUUCGUCUUUGUAAUGGGAAUGCUGCUCCGCGCGAGUUUCAGCGACCCGGGCGUCCUGCCCCGGGCCACACCGGAGGAAGCGGCAGACAUCGAGAGGCAGAUAGACGCAAACAAUGGCCCGAGCGGCCCAGGCUACAGACCACCGCCGCGCACCCGAGAGGUGCUCAUUAACGGUCAAACAGUCAAGCUGAAAUACUGUUUCACCUGCAAGAUCUUCAGACCGCCGCGGGCCUCACACUGCAGCCUGUGUGACAACUGCGUGGAUAGAUUCGAUCAUCACUGCCCGUGGGUGGGCAACUGCGUGGGGAGGAGGAACUAUCGCUUCUUCUACCUGUUCAUCCUCUCGCUCUCCUUCCUCACCAUCUUCAUCUUCGCCUUCGUCAUCACGCACGUAAUACUGAGAUCCAACAGGACUGGCUUUCUUAGUGCUCUCAAAGACAGCCCUGCUAGUGUCCUGGAAGUGGUGGUGUGCUUUUUUUCCGUCUGGUCCAUUGUGGGACUGUCCGGGUUCCAUACCUACCUGAUCAGCUCCAAUCAAACCACCAAUGAAGAUAUCAAAGGUUCAUGGUCAUCCAAACGAGGCAAAGGCAACUACAACCCCUACAGCUACGGAAACUUCAUCACCAACUGCUGCUCGGCGCUGUGUGGACCUCUGCCACCGAGUUUGAUUGACAGAAGAGGUUUUAUUCAGCCAGACACGCCGCAGCCUGCAACCCAGACCAAUGGCACCAGCGCCUGCCCCCCCAAUCAAGUCCAGAGUCACAUGUGUGCUCAAGACCAGUGCAUUCAGAGCACCAAAUUCGUUUUGCAGGCCGCCACCAACCCGCUGCUCCACAGUCAGCCCGUCAUUCUGGGCGGAGGCCCACCGCUCCAGGCCAAAACCUCUCUGGGUGGGCCGUGCUCCACCAUGGGCCCCCCUCAGCCCUCGCUGCCCUCCUCCAUCCCUGGCCUAAGCUGCGGAGGAGAGCUGAUGGCCCUGCGGGACUCUGAGAUCCACUGUCAUCAUCACCUACACCACCAACACUUCAUCAGUCCAGAAGAGACGCCCUCUCCGCCCGCACCUCUGCCCUGCGCCACCCACCUGGGCCACCACGUGCACCCGGCGCAGCUCUUUGACCCCGUCAGCCAGGACUCGCUUCAUGAAGACUCGGUGCGGGGUCUGGUAAAGCUGAGCUCAGUCUGAGCCCUUUUUUAAUGCCGUCCCGCUGAACUGGACCACAAGCCAUACGGUACUUUACACACAGCCUCUGCAGGACGUUUCUGAUGCUGUAAUGGAGGCAGUUCCUGAGGACCAAAGCUAGUCUUCCAGCUCUGUUAUUACUCAAUCAAGCUUUUUCUAUGGGCUUUUUUUUUCGAGGAACAAGAAUAAAAGGUAACUGCGACUUUAUAUCUCACAAUUCAUGCUUGUUUUUUAGGCUUGUCACUGAGGCAGUACCCUAAAGCAGUGUUUCUCAACCAUGUUCCUGCAGGACAACCAACACUGCAUGUUUGGGUGUCUCCUUUGUCUGUCAGAUCCAUUACAGGUCUUUCAGUCUCUGCUAAUGAGCUGAUGAUCUGAAUCAGGUGUGUUUGGUUAUCUCGUAUGUACCGUUGGGGAUGUUUUCAUCCACUUUGAGGUAGGGCUGAGCGAUAUAGGCAAAUUCUCAUAUCCUGAUAUUUUUAGAAGGAAUGACAGUAUACGAUAUAUGUCCGGUAUUUUCCCAUAAAUGGUUACUUGAGAGUUAAAGCCUUUAUUAAAACAUUGUUAAACAUUUUUUGAGCAAAAUAUAAUUCAAACGCAGGGGUUUCCCUCCCUGUUUACAAAUAAACAGCUGCACAAAAAACAUAGGCCGGUAGUGUAAUAUUAGGCGGUUUUGUAGCAGCAUGCCUACCAGCCCCGGUCUUUACUUUUAAACCUAUUAUGAUCCCCCCAAGAGGUGCCAUAGCCCCCGUUCCCCACAUACAAACGCUUACAACAGUUGGUUGUGAUCUCCCAACAAGACGCACCAUCCCAUUAAUUACGCACCAUUAAUAUUAAAUCUUUAAAAAGGGGUAAACUAAGUGCGCUUUAAUGCAUUGUUUUUAAUUCAUUUUCAAUUUUUUUUCUCCAUAAUUUUCUGUUGGUGGCUGUUUUUGCCCCAUUGACUUCCAUUAUGACCACAUUUGUUUGUUUUUUUACAAAACCAUGACACCAUAUAAUCCUGCAUUUUUGAUUGUUGGUGGUUUUCCCUGUUAGGAAGAGGUCUAAUUAGUCAUUUUUAAUGUUGAUCAUCAGUUGGCACCAUUAACCCUUCAGGCCUGUGC